ACGAGCGGCUCGCGCCUGCGGAGCUGCGGAUCCGCGUUGCGAGGUUGACAGAGGGUUUGGGGCUGUUUCCCUUUGAAUGACCCGGAAGGGUUGAUUUCGAGUCAGCAUGUCGGCUUCAAUGAAGGAAUGCCUUCAGCUUCAGCUGCUGGAGAUGGAAAUGCUGUUUUCUAUGUUUCCUAACCAAGGAGAAGUAAAACUUGAAGAUGUCAAUGCCCUGACGAACAUAAAGAGAUACUUGGACGGCAUAAGGGAGGCGCUGCCACCAAAAAUCGAAUUUGUGAUCACCCUGCAGAUCGAGGAGCCCAAGGUGAAAAUUGACUUGCAAGUAACCAUGCCUCACAGCUACCCCUAUGUAGCGCUGCAGAUGUUUGCACGGUCACCAGAACUUGACAGACAGCAGCAGCUGCUUCUCAACAAAGGCCUCACUUCGUACAUCGGGACUUUUGAUCCAGGGGAGCUCUGUGUGUGUGCGGCCAUCCAGUGGUUACAAGACAACAGUGCCUCCUACUUCCUGAACAGAAAGCUCGUGGACGAACCAUCGACACAAGCAAAGCCAGUCAAGAACACCUUCCUCCGCAUGUGGAUCUACAGUCACCAUAUCUAUCAGCAGGACCUCCGCAAAAAGAUCCUGGAGGUCGGGAAGAGGCUGGACGUGACAGGAUUUUGCAUGACAGGAAAGCCAGGGAUAAUCUGUGUGGAGGGCUUCAAAGAGCACUGUGAGGAAUUCUGGCACACAAUCAGGUACCCCAACUGGAAACACAUUUCCUGUAAGCACGCGGAGAGUAUCGAAACAGAAGGAGAUGGGCAAGACCUGCGCCUUUUCCGUUCUUUUGAAGAAUUACUCCUUGAGGCCCACGGUGACUACGGCUUGAGGAAUGACUAUCACAUGAAUCUGGGCCAGUUCUUGGAAUUCCUCAAAAAACACAAAAGUGAGCAUGUUUUCCAGAUAUUAUUUGGUAUUGAAAGCAAAAGUUCCGACUCCUAGGAAGCUAUGAAGAGGCCUCUAUGAAGAGGCCUACAUAACUAAGCUCACUAAGGUAUAUUUCUAUUAAUAAGAGCAAAAUAAAAGGACUAGCUGAUUAGCAUCGUCGGUGGGGAAACCUAGCUCCAGUAUUUUUCCCUGGUAUUGAAACAAACACAUAAGCCUUCUAACUUUAUAACAGUGUGAUGGCGAUGUUACCUCUAUGUUCUUGUGUUAAUUGAAAACUAUUUCAUGGUACACUAAUAAAAACCAGUCAGUCUAACCAGUGAAGCUAAUUUGAUUAAAAAAGAGUUUUCAAAGCCCAGCUGAAUGGCAGUGGUCAAACUGCAGCUAUGAACUCAUAAAUACUAACAUUUCUCCUUUUCCUGUUGCUAGCAGGCAGGGGACGCCACACAUUUUUCUCAGUCAAGUUGAAAAUAGGAACUAAGAACACGUGUUUACACGUUUCUUACUUAAACUCUUCUAUGUGGGGUUUUUCCUUUUAGUAAAACCACAUGCUAACGGUGGCGACACUGCGCCCUGUGUUGUUUACGUCGAUUGAUUCAUAAUACUAAGGAUCAUGCACCAGUGUUCUUGCUGGGUUCGUCUCCACAGAACCAAAUACGUUUCUUGCCCACACAGUGUCCCACAGAUUGUGCACUUGGGUCUUCCCUGCGCCAGUUUGCAUCAUUCUGUGGGGCAAGGGCAUUGGGAAGGACCAGCGUGGAUGGCCCUGCACCAUCACCUUCCUAGAGGACAAAAGUGAUGUCACCACCAUCUCUUCUGAAAAUUUCAAGCUCCACAGUCUUCACCAGCCUUCGUUAAAAUGAGUUUAUUUUAAUGAUAAUAGCCCCUGUUUAAGCAGCUCUUACCAAACCUUUUUAUUACAUUCAUCUACCCCUGGCCAGGAAUUUCUGGGAGUCUCACCUGUGGUGAAGGACAUUCCCAAGCUCUCUCUACUCAGCUUUCUCUGGUUGCCUGGCCUUGGUCUCUUCUUUACUACUGCCCUUUCCCAGGGAGCAUUCCAUUCUCCUGCUGGGUCACAGGCACUCCGCUGAUACCCUGGUCCCCUAAGGAUGUAUCCACUAUAAGGAUACCCCUCAGUCCCUAGAGUUGGGGCUGAGAUUCAGUGACAUGGACGAAUGCCUCACUCCCCAUCUUGGGAUGCUGUUAGAUGCCAAAAUUGCUGCAUGUGCUGGCGGCGUGUAUAGAAUCUGAUGACACAGUCCAUUCCAGUGUCUGGUCUUCCUCUGUGUCUAGGAGGUAGACACGUGUCCUCGGGCAGAGCCAGGGCGUGACAGAGAGCAGACCCUGCACUAAGCUGACUCUCCUGACCAUGAGGCCUGGGGAUGGGGUCCACGCUGUCCUGCCUGAGCUCUACUCAGCUCAUCAGAGAAAGUUUCCUUUCAGGGCGCAACUCAGACGCUCACACCAAGACUCUUGUCGUGGGCCUGCCUUGCCUGCUCAUCCAGCUUGCCCAUUCGUGUUUUAAUCGUGGCUUUGCACAUGGCCGGGACUCAUUUUCCCUGUGUACGAAGGGAAGAAGUAGGACUAACAUUGCCAAAGACUCGUUCCUCAGUCUUUACCAGGACUGAGAACAACACACACAGAAGUCAGCUUCCCAUGUCGUCUCCCCAGAGCCAUCAAGAAGCAUAAUCAGCGUUGACAGGGUUCAGGCCCUAAACAGAUGUUAACUGCUAACCUUUUCCCCUUUCAACUGAGACAGCAAUAGGUGCCAUUCAUCUAAUACGUGUCUAAGCCACUCAGUGUUUUCUAUGAUUAAAUGAGCUAAAGUAGUCACAGAAAGGUAAGUUUAAAGAAUAUGAAACAAAAAUCUUACAUAACUCAAAUGAAGGGAAUAAAUUCUGGUUUUUGAACACUUUACUGCUCCUGGAGCUAUUUCUGAUGAUAGUUUUUCAGGACCUACUUUGACAUGUCAAAUAGAAGCAUGUGGCAAUGUUUUGUUGUUGUUGUUUUUUUCCCCCAUCAGAAGCACUAAUAUUGUUCAGUCACCGAGUCAUGUCCAACUCUUCACAACCCCAUGGACUGCAGCAUGCCAGGAUCCCUGUCCCUUACCGUCCCUCAGAGUUUGCCCAAGUUCAUGUCCAUGAGGAAGCUCCCCUUCUCUGGGAGGAGUGGCUGGAAUCCAGCUGGCAGUCUCCUGGAGAGAUGGUUUUGAACUCUUGCUGCUAGAAUCCCUAAUGCCACCCUCCUUCCUGGCCUAUGGAAUGCUCAGUUGACCAAAACUUCCUAUGACCUAUUAACACCUAACAUCUGCCCCUUUUUCUUCCAGGAGUCAGAAUCAGCCUCUGUUGCUUGUAAUUCAGGAAUCCUGAUACUGUAUACAUAUACGUUUAAAAUGUUCAUUUGGAAAGAAUGCUUAUUAUACAUGCUUGUGUCUUAAAGCUUACUAAAUUAAAUCAGUUUUUCUUCAA